AUGGUGCUCCUAGGCCUGGCUAAGCUGCGACCGAAGUUCUCGUCACCUCUUGGCAGCGCCACCUAUUCCGACUCCUCCGACGAAUGCCACCACCUCCUCCACCAGAUUGGCCAGCCGCUCCCCUCCUCCCCCGCCCCUCCCCUUCCCGCAAAGGAACCGGCCAUUCCACGGCAUGCGGCGGCGGCCGUGGGGCAAGUACGCGGCGGAGAUCCGCGACCGGGGGUCGCGGGGAAGCGUCGCUGGCUCGGAACCUUCGACACCGCCGAGGAGGCCGCCGCCGUCUACGACGCCGCCGCGCUCUGUAUCCGCGGCCGCCGCGCCGUCACCAACUUCCCCUCCUCCCCAGCCGCCGUCGCGCUGGCGCCUGCCCUUGCCAUGCCUUGUUCCACACCGUCCCUAGCCCCUGAGGCUGAGACCUCCUCCGCCUCGACGGUGGUCGAUACCGGGGCUCACCGGCUUCAUCUGCUGCAGCUCGCGGCCGAAGAGAGAGGAGCGAGCUCAUCGGUUGCUGUCUGGGUGGAAGGAGGGGGACUCACAUCUGCGAGGCGUGAGUGA